CCCCCCCUCCCCCUUGACUUUAACUUAACUUGCUUUGCCCUGGUCGGUGUGUUACAAGGUCAUUGGUCAACGUCAAUAUAACCCGGACAACCGAACCCGAAGGUGUCAUUAUCUCCGGGACCAGCGGCCAAGGACCUUGAACGCUCUGAAUCAGAGCAUGCGAUCAUAGCGCUGUGUGUGUGGCUUUCCAUCCCUCGGCGCAUUGGCGGCAACCUUUCUUGUUCCCUUUCAUCUUUCUCCCUUCCCUUGAACAAAUAUAGAGAUCAACACGCUUUGCGAAACGUGCUACGCCCCCUCUCCCUCCCUUGCGCCUCGACCCAGGAUGCAUGCAGAAGCGUGAUUGAUACUCUCUAUCCCCGGCAAUUGCACAUUCAAAAACACACCCGACACCCCCUAUCGCAUUUGACUUUCACUUGCCGGAGAUGAAGCCUCAGGGCCUGCUGGCCGUCGUCUGCACGAUCGGGUCCCUCGCCACGGCCACAACAGUCACUGCUUUGCCCAACUCGCAACCCCAACCGGCGGUCCAUCACACCUACGGCGAGCUGCUGAAUCACAACGAUCCGGACCCGUUAUAUGAGCAGUACGGACUGAAUCGGUCGGAGGAAUUCAAGUAUUUCCAGGAACCGGGCAACGAUGACAUUCUCGGCCACUAUGACUCUCGCUUUUUCACCGAGCCCGUCCCCGACGAGGAGCGAUCCCACACCUUGACGCAUAUGAUCCGCGCAUAUCUGAACUUUUUCGAGGACAAUGGGCUCGAGACGUGGAUCGCACAUGGGACGCUUCUCGGGUGGUGGUGGAACGGAAAGGUCAUGCCUUGGGAUUGGGACAUUGACACCCAAGUGAUGGAACCCACGCUUUUCCAACUAGCGGACCAUUACAACCAGACCGUCGUCCAGUACACCGCGAAGGAGGAGAAUGUGGAGCGCAAAUACCUCGUCGACGUGAAUCCGUGGGCUCGUCAACGCGAUCGAGGCAAGGGACUGAACAUCAUCGAUGCGCGCUGGAUCGACAUGAACACGGGGUUGUAUAUCGACAUCACGGGGCUGAGCCGGCUGGAUGCGACCAAACCCACGGAGUGGCAAUGCAAGAACUUGCACAAGUACCAGACCGACGAUAUCUAUCCUCUGCGCCGGACGACCUUUGAGGGAGUGCCGGCUAAGGUGCCGUUCAAGUACGAUCAGGUCUUGGAGGAUGAGUACUCGAAGAAAGCGUUGACAAACACGCACUAUCAUGACCAUACUUUUGAUCCUGAAGUCGAAGAAUGGUUGAUGGAUGAGCCGGAACCGAAGGAGAAGGAGGACGAUAAGGACGACCGGCAGUAUGAAUGAUGAUGGUCGUGGAGAGGUAUAUAACCACUUGAAUUUGUUCGUUUUCGCUGUGACAUGCAUCCAUUCAGGCAUACUGUUGGGUAUAUAAAAGGGUGUUGGUGGGCGUUCUGGAUGAUAUGGGAUGGCGUUGGGUUGUCUAUAGGAUUUAUACAGGCCAGUCAAUACUAUGUAAUUGAUCUAGUGAAUUGAAUCGAAUCCCGAG